AUGUCCGAUAAUAAUAUUAAUAAUAACACAAAUAACGGACAUACUGAUGACUCUGAUUUUCAACAAUUGAAUAAUGACAUUGACAGCAUUUACAAAACGUACAGCACAAAUAACAAUGGAAGUGUCGAAAGCUUGGACUCGGGAAAGAAUAAAUACGUUUUCAAAUACGGUGACUCUACAAAUAACCAGUUACCCACUGUACACAUAUCAUCUAGAUUAUCCUCCAUGGAACCAUCCAAUUCAGAGAGUUUUGUAGCAAAAAGUGCUCCUGGAACUCCUUCGUCGCUAGGAUCGUUUGACUUUCGGCCACGCUAUCCCCGAGCAGUCACCAAUUCUUCACUAAAUGUUCUCUUGGAUACAACAAGUGGAAAUUCCGAGUUUAAAAGUAUGAUAUAUUCCCCAGCAGAAGGUCGCUUAGAUGAAGAUGCAAACACGUUGGAUGAUGGAAUUCCAAAAUCAUCAGAAUAUAAAAGAGAAGAACGUAAUUGGCAAGAAGAGGGGGCAGCUGUCAAAACUCUCAAAAAAUCAAACGGAGAAGUUUCAACAAUUAGAAGAAGUGUGACUGAUUUCAAAUUUGGCAAAGAAUUGGGUGAAGGCUCGUAUUCGACUGUGAUACUAGCUACUGAUAAGAUAAGUAAUAAAAACUACGCAGUAAAGGUGUUGGAUAAAAGGCACAUAAUCAAAGAGAAGAAGGUGAAGUAUGUCAAUAUUGAAAAACAUGCCUUGAAUAGAUUGAGUAAUAGAAUGGGGAUUAUAUCCCUCUACUUCACCUUUCAAGAUAAAGAUUCGCUAUAUUUCGUGUUGGACUAUGCAUCAAAUGGUGAGCUAUUAUCGUUGAUCAAAAAGUACAACACAUUGAACGAAGACUGCACAAGACAUUUUGGUGCACAAAUUUUAGACGCAAUUAAAUAUAUGCACGAUAAUGGUGUUAUUCAUAGAGAUAUUAAGCCAGAGAACAUUUUGCUUGAUGAUAAGAUGAGAAUUCAAAUUACUGAUUUUGGAACUGCUAGAUUAUUGGAGAAAAAGAAUGACGAAAGCGAAGAUUACCCGUUGGAUGUAAGGGCGAAGUCAUUUGUUGGAACGGCAGAGUAUGUGUCACCCGAAUUGUUGGAGAGUAAAUUUUGUGGAAAGCCGGGAGAUAUAUGGGCUUUUGGAUGUAUUGUAUACCAGAUGAUUGCAGGCAAGCCACCUUUCAAAGCAACCAACGAAUAUUUGACUUUUCAGAAGAUCACCAAACUUCAGUAUGCAUUCAGCGCUGGAUUUCCCACCAUAAUUCGAGAUUUGAUCAAAAAGAUACUUGUACUUCAGCCCUCAAGACGAGCAACCAUUCCGGAAAUACAAAAACACUUUUUCUUCAAGGAUAUUGACUUUAAUGACUACAAUCAGAUCUGGUUAACUGAGCCACCGGAAAUAGGGCCUUAUAAAAUGACUGCAAAGUCGAUGAUGAAGGUUCCAGACAUCAUCAAACAUAGUACAGCCACAGUCAUUCCGAAAAAGAAACUGAGCAGACCCCUCAAGCCCAGUGGGGAUGAAAAUUCUGCUGCAUCGAAGCCACGCAAUGGUACCUCGGGGGCAAAUGUGUCAGCAAGGAAGUCUAGCAAUUCUGAGGUUACAGGCAAUGUAAAUCCUGCAAAUGCAGCUGCGUAUGCAUUGCACAAACCUUUGACUUCUUCGGACACCAGUAUUUCAGAUGGCAACACUAAUUCAAAAGACAAUUCUAAUGACAGCAAGAGAAGCUCGCGUGGCUCGCAACCGGAUUACAUACCAGGAACUAAUAUAUUGAGGCCGCAGAUCAAUACUCGCCCUUCCCUUCAAUCUUAUAAAACUAGUCGUGAGAAAACAAGGCCUGCAGUCAAACUGAAGCCAAAUAUUAUGGAGGUCAGGCCAUCUGGCACUUUAGAAGAGGCUUGGGGUGCAUACUUGAUUCACCCAGACGAAAGAGUCCUUCGUGUUGGAUCAGUUUUUGUUCAUAAGGAGUCUACCGAAAUUUUUGAAAAGAAGCACAAAGGUUCAUUACACGCAUCACCAUUGGAUGCUGGAAAUACACAACGGAAUCGUUCCGGGACGAGUUUACUUUCACAAAUGGUGAAUGGUGCACCUGCACAACAUUUUGACCCUGUUGACGAAAAGGUUGCUAUAAAAGAACCAUAUGAAGAAUCCUUUUUGAAAAGGAGCAACAGCAAAAAGAGUAGCAGGAAAAGUAGUGAUGUCGAAAGGCCACAGUCAACAACAUCUAACAAGAUUUCCAAGCGAUCCAUUUUCAAGAAAUUGGGCUUGUCUCAGGGUGAGAAGAAGGAUGAUAGUGAUGACGAGGCUGUGAAUCAUUUCACUCUUGAGAAGCCUCAGGUGAGUACAAUGAUUGUAACGACUCAUGGAAGAGCACUCGUUUUUGCUAGAAAGGAUUUGGAAUCAGAGUAUGAGGUUAUUCUUUCGAUUCAAUUGAAGUAUCCAUUCAUCAAAUUUCAAGAGUUGGUAUCGGCACAGAAUAGGUUUUCUAAAAUGUUGCCCUCAGUAGGUGUUUUUACAAUAACAUCUACAGAGCUGACUUAUGUGUUUGAGGUGGAAAAAUUUGAAGUAACCCAAUGGACAGAAGCAUUAAGUAAAAGUCGUACCAAUGAAUUGGAAAGGGAAAGACUAGAACAAGAUUCAUCAAGCUCCAAAGGAAACUCGAAAAGUUCAAUAUCCAAGCCAGGUACCGAAAGCCCAGUUUCAGCUCCAGCCAAAGAACGCCAUCACUCACCAAGUUUAACAACUUCUCCAGCUGCUGCAACGAGCAACUCCAAACCAAGAACUUCAUCGGAAAAGACUGCUAGGCACUCACCACCGGACACUGUAAGAUCCUCCAUCAGAGAAACACCUAAAUCGUCCCACUUGUUGAAAACCAGAAUGCAGCGAUCAACGCCUAGGAGAAAACCACCCCCAAUCAGUCCUCCGAAUGAGGUCAAUACGACUGGGUUGCCAAAGAACUCUUCAGAUAGCGGGUUUUUACGCGCAGCAAAGUUGGCGGUAGCGCAUAAUGCACACAUUCCUAUGUCGACUAAUCGGAGAUCCAGUUUUACAAAAGAAGAUGGAAGGAAAGUUGAUUUAAUCAACACAAGAGCAGUGUCUCGUGGACAAGGGCAGACAACUAGCAAUCCCUCUCUGCCUGUUAUCACGAGUCUGAAUUCCAAAUUUUUAGCAAGAAGUUCAAGAAAGUGA